CGAACAAUAAUAAAAGAGAGAGAAAAACUUUUGAUUUAUAAUUUUAUUGACAGAUAUAUGAAUUAUUAAUUGAUUGAUAGAUUGACCUUCAUAAAUCCAAAUGUGAAUGAAUGUAUAGGCACCAAAUUUAGCAAUGAAAGGCGUCUUCUCGGCGCCCGGAGAUUAUGUCCACUUCAAGUCUCAGGUUCCUCUUCACAAGAUUCCUAUUGGCACAAAGCAGUGGCGAUAUUAUGAUUUUGGUCCAAAAGUGGUUCCUCCACUUAUUUGUCUUCCCGGUACAGCAGGGACUGCAGAAGUCUACUACAAACAAAUCAUGUCAUUGUCCAUGAAGGGCUACCGGGUGAUAUCUGUCGAUAUUCCACGCGUAUGGAAUCAUCAUGAGUGGAUUCAAGCAUUUGAAAAGUUCCUUGAUGCUAUUGAUGUUCAUCAUAUACAUCUUUAUGGUACAUCCCUCGGAGGCUUCCUGGCACAACUUUUUGCUCAGCAUCGCCCAAGACGAGUUAGAUCAUUAGUACUAUCAAAUACAUUUUUGGAUACACGUAGUUUUGCAGCUGCAAUGCCAUGGGCUCCAAUUGUUAGUUGGACACCUUCUUUUUUGCUUAAACGAUACAUCUUAACUGGAAUUCGUGAUGGUCCACACGAACCAUUUAUUGCAGAUUCUGUGGAUUUUGUUGUUUCUCAGGUUGAAACACUAUCAAGAGAAGAUCUGGCAUCCAGAUUGACUUUGACAGUUGAUGCUGCUUCAGUUGGAACUCUUCUGCUUUCAGACUCAUAUAUCACUAUAAUGGAUACAAAUGACUACUGUGCAACUCCUCAACCACUCAAAGAUCAUCUGAGUGAGAGGUAUCCUGGAGCAAGGCGAGCUUACUUGAAAACUGGAGGUGAUUUCCCAUUUCUUUCACGCCCAGAUGAAGUCAAUUUACAUCUUCAGCUUCACCUGAGACGAGUUGGGGUAGAAGCUCAGCCAGACUUGGUCCGAGGCAUCUCAAAGGAUGGUACUGGUGGCAAUCCCAGUGAAAAGAAUGAUGGGAAAGAAGAUCCCGACAACCCUCCGAAAGAUAAUGGGGGAAACUCUGAAAGUCCAUCUACAGAAAGUCAGUUACCUCCUCCAGAAAGUUCUGAAUCUCACAGUAUAGAUGAUCAACCCCUCAGCAAUUCUAAAGGUUGCCUCGUUGGCCAUGGAGAUACAAUGCUUUUGUUGCCUCGUGAAUUGUUGAGAAAUCAACAAAUCAUGGCCGCUGAAAUCCUUCUGCAAAUUGCUUUAGAAAUUUAUGUUCUAUAUUUGGUGGAAAAAUUAUACAUUACUUCCAAUCUUUGUUGGAAAUUCGUGCAAUUGUUGUAAAAGGAACAUUUGAGGAUGGUGAUGGCUUGUGUAAGCUAUACAAGCAAGCACUCUAAACUUAGUCCAGGGUUUGCUAAUGCUUUCUGUAAGGAAUCGGUUUUUUUCGUUGACAUUACUGUACAUUUAACAUUUUAUAUUUCCAGUUAAAAUGUUAAUGUGAAUUCUGUAAAUUACAAAUUUAAUAUUAGAACAUUUAAAUUUUGAA